AUGCAACGUGGCCUAGAUUUUGAAAAAUUAGCCGAGUUGGCCCUUGGCUCCAUCCAGAAUACCCUUGAUAACGAAAGCUGGGCCGUUUCUGGCCUAGCCAGACAGUACAAGGCUGAUGUGGAUUCCAAAGUGGAAUUAGCAUCGAGUAUCAACUUGCUCUAUCACACCAUACUCAAGCGGGGCAAGAUCGUAUGCUGUGGUGUUGGAAAGUCUUACAAAAUCGCCACGAAGACAGUUGCGACUCUCAAGUCGCUUACCAUUAACGCGGACCAGUUGCAUCCAACCGAGGCAUUGCAUGGAGAUCUCGGACUCUUGGGUAACAACGACUGUCUCAUUUUUUUCACAGCCUCAGGAAACACCCCUGAGCUCAUACAGUUGUUGCCUCACAUUUCACCAUCUAUACCCAUAGUGCUUCUUACAUGUUCAAAGAAGUCGAAGCUCUCGCAAAGCCAUCAGGUCAAGAGUUUGCUAUAUGCCGAGUUGCCAGAGCAUCUCAAAGAGUCCAAGAUCCAUGGUAUCCCUGCUCCCACGGUGUCAGCUACCUUAUCAUUAAUCCUUGCCGAUGCAGUUGUACUCGCAUUGGCUGAGAUGAUCGAGCAAGACCUGGCAAAGAGAAAGAAACAGUUCUCUAUGAAACAUCCUGGUGGAUCCAUCGGCUCUGAUUUGAGUCAUCUCAAUGAUAAUUUCAUUCGGUCAAUGCUGAUUGAGAAAGCUGAUCGUGAAAGCUUCCAGUCAGCAUCCCUCGAGAAGGCUGAUCGUGAAAGCUACUCUUCUAUGUUAUCAUUGAACCAGGUGAAGAAACAUUAUGAGGGCGGUGCUUCUACAAAUUCUCUGGAGUCGUCGCCAGUCAUAUCUGACUCCGAAGAAAUCGAAGUUACUUCGAACAAAAAAUUGUCUAUAGCCAUCAGCCAUGCUUCGUCUACCCAGUGUUGCAAGACGAACUAUGGCACUAUUAAAAACUGGUCCGAGUUGGAUUUCUUGAAGAAUGUGGCAUUGUUCUCAUUUGUUCUUUACGAGAAGGAAGGUGCAACUUUUGCCGCAACUGCAUCUGAUUUGCGAGAUGCUUAUAAGGCAAAUACCAGUAAAGACCCCCAAUGGACCGAUAUGGCACAGCUUUUGAAAGAGUUUGAACGAGUCGAGUCAAACGCCAACACUUUCAUUAUCUGA